GUGAUUGCUACAAAUAUCUUAUGGACUCAACAGUUUGCACAUGUAAAACUAUUUGAUUGGGUGCUACUUACUGAUGAACUCAACUGUGCAAAAAUUGAGAAAACGUUUAUUUUCCUCACAAAAAAUAAUAUUUUGAAUGCAGACACUACUUCACAUAAGCUGCUCGAACAAUUCACUUAUUUUUCUCAGUAUCUAGGUGUCUAACGAAUUGAUGAAUGGAGCAAAUAGCAGACAUCCGUUGACAAACGUUGGGUUCAAAUUGUUGAAACAAAACAUACCAUUUGUUGAGCUUUCAGAGACCGAUGCUCUGACACUACCAGGAACUUCGGCACUAGUGGAACGCAUAUUUUCCACCAUUAACAGAAUAUUUACAUGCGAAAAAACUCGCCUACAAGUCAGCACCGUGAAGUCGGUUUUAUUUGUGAAGAAUAAUUUAAAAUUUUCUUGUUGGAAUUUUUUACUCACUUAAAAUCAUACCCCGAGCUUCUUCGAUAAAUCAGUCAAUAAGAGAAAUACGUCAGACCGAAGACGUCUUCAACAAUUCCGGAAACACCCUCCACUUCAUCAACUGAUAUACAAACGAUCAAACCAGACAGCGAUUGAAAAUUUUAAUCAUUUUUAAUAUUUCUUUCCUUCUCUUUUAUCAUUUCCAUCAUUUUUCAAUAAAAUUGUGUUGCUCUAUUAUAUGUUGCGAUUUUCAGUGAAUUAUAAUAUGGAAAAAAUCGAUGACAAAAAAACCGUCCCGGAUUUUGCCGGAAAAAAUGUGGUCACCUAAGUCUAACUGUUAUAAUUACGUCAUGUUAUAUUUGUAUUUUGAUAUUUAUCCUUAUCAAUAUUAAUUACUUCAUAUUCAAGACUGAUUCAAUGAUUUUUAUAACUUUUUGAAUUAUUCGAUUCGGACAGUCCAUUCAAAAGAUAUCACGAUUUUGAAAAUAUAAUAUAUGUAAGUAUUAGAGAAAAAUCGCGUGGUCGCCGCUCACCCAGCAUACCCAACAGAAUUUGAACUAAGGGAAGAAAAAUUAAAACAAUAUAUUUUUCCAAUUUACUCUGAAAAAAUAUUGAAAUGUGUAAGAGUGGUGUAAACACUUCAAAGUAAAUUAUUAAGACAGUUUCCAAUUCGAUAUUUUUCAUAUUAAACUUUUUCUCCCUCAAUAUCAGGGAAUUUUCCUGGCGGAUUAACUUGCUUGGCUUUUGCUAGUUUUGUCCUAUGAAAGUGCUCACACCACCUUUUCUUUGGCUAAAUGAUCCCCAUUCGCUCGUUAUUUAGAUUGAUUACUUGCUUAGAGAUACUACUGGAAAAUUUCGUCAUGCGCAUGUGCUCGAUGAAAAUGCUUAGUUACCAAAUUAAAAUAUAUUUAGAAUGUCAAAAUAAUACUUUCUAAAGAAAAAAUUUAUGUGUGAAAUUAUAAAUUGAUUAGUUUUAUUUGUGUAUACGAGACAUAUUUUUUUUAUAAUUCCAAAUGGAAGCUGACUCUUGCAAUACUCAAUUUGUUGAGCAGGUGGAUAAUAAGCUAACCUCAAAUGAUGAGUGUAAACGAAUGGAUACAGCUAUGCAGCUGCCAGAAAAUAAUGAAUUGAACAUAGCCGUAGACGAAUUCGAGAAUCCCCCAUGCUAUCUUCCACAAUCGGGUGAUGAGCUUCCUUCUAAAGAUCUGCUCAAACCGAUGGGUCCCGUAGGCCCAUGGGCUACAGGAAAAGUGGAUUGGAGUCCUAUGGCUGGUUUAACAGGCACACGCCCGGUUGUAGACCGCUAUUCAAUAACACGAUUCAGCUCCAAUGAAUGGCGCGAAAAAAAUAAGGAGACUUUACAAAAAACCAAUGAUAUUUUUGAUAAAGCUAUUAAAAACCAGUACAACUCGAAAACUGCAUUUAUGCGUAUUAGUGCGAUGGUCGAGAAGACACAGGCGGAAACAACAAAAAAUUUAAAACAACGCUCCCAACUUGUAGGCAAGUGGAAGACUACGCUGGAAACGGCUAUAAAAAGUAUGGCAGAUGAAAUCAGUACCUUGGAAGAGGAACGAAUCCGAUUAAAAAAAUCCUUGGUUAUUUUGGGUGUUCCUGAAUCGAUAGCUAAAGAGUGUAUAGAGAAGCGUGCAGGGCGACCCGAUACCGAAUUGGUUCGAGACACGCCUGAGGAAGAGCUUAUUAAUGAAUUGGCGCUGAUUGCAGAGAUACGACAGCAGCUUAAAAAAACAUUGGAAGAUUUUGAACAACAACAGGUAGAAAAUCGUACAGCAAGACAACGCCUUGAAUAUGAUUGGAGUGACAAAAAAGAGGCUUAUGAAAUUGAUACAAUUAAUGUGGGACUUAAUAACUUUUCGAAAACAAUAAUGUUUCGGCCUGGGGCAAUACGCCAGCCACCUGAGCAAGCAUCCGAACAAUACUGGGAGCAUUUCAGCAAAGAAACAUUGGAGGAAUGUGAGAAAUGUCGACAAAAAUCUAUUAAACUACGACAAACACUCAAUUAUAUCUUGAUGAAUGCUGCUCGUGAUAUACGCAAUCAGGCAGAUGUGGUAGAACGUGCGUUUAUUGCCCGCAUAAAUUGCACUCAAGAAAAUCUACAACGAUUUGAAAAUGAGCUGCGCGAUUGCCUCCAAAAGCUAGCCGAUACUGAGACACGUAUUGUUCAAUUACAUCGUGCAGUUCGUAGCUUUGAUGCAGCUAUGAAAGUGGCUCAAACUCGCGUGGAUAAUCGUAGCUUCAGGCCUAAUGUUGAGAAUUGUCGUGAUUUUGCUCAGCAAGAUCUCAUCGACGAAGUGUCAACAAUACAAAGCGGAGUCACAGCCAUGUUAUCUGAGUUGGAUGCAGCAGAAAAUAUCAAAACUGGUCUCAUGCAAACACGUAGCACUCUGGAACGGGAAAUCAUGUUGAAACGACGGACAUUGUGGUUGGAUCGAGACCGCUGCAUGUUGCUUCGCUCCCACUAUCCAUCAGCAAGUGCAUUAAGUGGGUUCGCUAAUAUGUAAAUUAGGAACAAUAAAAAUGACAUUGAAUGUGUAGUUAUAUUUUUACAACUAUCAGAUGUAAUACGAAAAAGACAUAUUUGAUUACCACAAAGGGUUGAAUUUUCUUAUCAUUAUAAAUA